AUGUUGGUUCCUUUCUUGUCCAAACGCUCAGAUCAACAAUUGCACCGAAGGAAAGGUGGUGGUAAAAGCGGUGGUUCCGGUGGCGGUGGAAGGUCCGGGGGAUCAGGUUCUGGAAGAGGGUCAAGUAGGUCGAGUCCUAUCAAUGUGGGCUCGGGCACAACCAAACCAGCGACCUCUUAUGGUUUUGGGGGCGGCAAAGCUACUACUAUUCCAUCUGGCCAAUUGUUUGCAGGUCGGAGCGCUGGAGGCGGUAAUAGAGACCAAGUUUUUGGCAAUAGGCAAUAUGGAAGUGGUUAUCCUGGAGAAACAGGUCGUGGGGUGUCCGGCCGUGGUUUCCCUUUCUUUUUCUGGCCUUUGGCCUGGGGAGGUGUUGCUGGCGUUGGCACCGCUGCAUAUCUACAUAACUCAGAGUACGGUCGGUUUGAUAAUACCAGUCGGCCCGGGGGGAUUCUGAUGACAGCCGCCUUUCCUUCGACCUCGGAGAACUCAACUUAUAGAGUGGUUGCCGACAACUCUACGAUCAUUUCCCUCAUCGAAGACAUUAAAUCCAACUGCUCAUCUUCUUUGGAAAAUCCCGAUACCAUUGAACCAUCCACUUACAAUGAUUCUUUGAGCUCUCCCAAACCGGAGCAAGCGGUUGAAUAUUACCGCGCCAGCAGCGUCGUGUUGACUUUGGAUAAUUACAAUAAUACCGGCGCCCUCGAAGCAGAAGGAACUCCCGACACACCUUUACCCAGUCCCAUUGACACCACUUUGUUGACCUGCUUAAAUGAGACAAUCGGAGCAUCUGUGCCUCUUGUGGAUGGCGCUACUCUACAUUGGUCUGCUCCUCCCAGUAUGGGACUGAUUGGUUUGGUCUAUCUUAUCUGGUCUCUGUCUUCUUUUGUAUGA